AUGGCAUCUGAGUCAACUACGGGGGCGGUAUUUGACGGAGAUAUAUCGUUCGGGCCUAGUGGAGAGAAAAACACACAUGCCACCUACGAUACACGAUCUCUUCCGAAGGAUAGACUGGCGAAAUUCUGCAGCUGUCCUGGUAGCACCAUCAUCGCUUCGGACCUUGACCCUCAGAAUAUUCAGGCGAUUCACGCGGCACGUAUCGACACAGAACUUGCGGCUAUUCUCCCAUUUCUUCCCCCAGCAAAGUGA